AAACCUCUGGGAUAAUAUUGUUGUUAAAGAGGAGGCUGGUGUGAUGGAGCAACGUUCUGAAGGACACAAGGAUCCCUACAAGGACAUUAAGAUGAAGUCACCUAAUAACAGAAACGCAUCACAGAAAUGCACCCCUCCUCUGUAUUCCCGGGACCCCACACAGGAAGGUCACACCAUCCCCCACCAUCAUCAGGGUGAAGAUCUGAUGAACAUGAAAGUUGAGGGUGAAGUAGAAGAGACGUAUGUGAGGGAUGAUCAGCAAUAUAUGGAGGAGGCUGGAAUGAUGAGGACAUUCAAAGAGGAGGACACUCCUACAGAGAUCAGCACAGGACACGCCAUCGGGAAACCCUCAAAGGCUCGUAUCACUUUAUCUCCAGUUUGUAUAAUGGAAGGUGUGGACAUCAUAAGAGAUUGUGCAGGAGAGAAGACAAUGAGCUCAGCUAUGGAUGGAGGACUUCACAGUGUGGAGAGACCAUCAAAUCCCUCUGACUCUGAGCAACCUCGUACUGUGAGGGAUGGUGCCGGAAUUCAGGGAAAGGAGAAAUUUUCCUGUCCUGAAUGUGGGAAACGUUUUAACUCUGAAUUAAAUCUUGCUAUACAUCAGAGAUCUCCCACCUGUGGAAUGCUUCAUCCCUGUUCUGAGUGCGGGAAAUGUUUUACAAAGAAAUCAAAUCUUGUUAGACAUCAAAGAUCUCACACCGGGGAGAAGCCGUAUUUUUGCACUGAGUGUGGGAAAUGUUUUGCACAGAAAUCACAUUUUGUUUUACAUCAGAGGAUUCAUACAGGGGAGAAGCCGUAUUUUUGCACCGAGUGUGGGAAAUGUUUUGCACAGAAAUCACAUUUUGUUUCACAUCAGAGGAUUCAUACAGGGGAGAAGCCGUAUUCCUGUCCUGAGUGCGGGAAAUGUUUUUCAGGGAAAUCGGAGCUUGCUAAACAUCAGAGAUUGCACACAGGGGAGAAGCCGUAUUCUUGCCCUGAAAGACCGUUCUUGUCAGACCAACCUGUUAUUGUUCUAUGUGGAUGGAAGUGAGAAAUUGGAUGGUGGAAGUCCAGUGGAUGUACUGUAGUCUAUCUAGAUUUUGUACCUCAUAAAUGUUUAGUCUAUGAAGUUCUGUUGCAUGGUUACAUGAACGGGUUCAGAGAGUAGUGAUAAAUGCCUCAUCCUCUGAGGCCGCGUACACAAGGUCAGACAAAACCGAUGAGAAUGGACCGAGGUUCAGUUUCAUCGGUCCAAACCG